AUGAGUAUCCUUGGGACACAAUUUGACCAGACAUCCAUUCACCAUGAGACCGAGACAGAUGACCGUCUCGGUGAGGUAGAGGCUCUUCUGGGCACGCAAAGCCCAGACAGCCUCGAAGACGACGACGAGCCGUGCGUUUACAAGACUAUACACCGAAUACGGAGACUUAUAAUAUCGACGCUUGACGAUCCCUACACUCUCAAUGAGCUUAGAGGACCAAGACUCAAUGUCGUCAUAGUACGACCACUCGUCAACCGCUUAUAUGAUGCGGAUGAUCCAUCUAUUGUCUACUGCCUCUUGGCAAACCGAAUACAGUUCUUGCGAGAACAAUCGAAUGCCGCUCACCACACAGUCAAUACGGCCCGUGCUUCGUUGUGUGAGUUGGUUGCGGCACGUAUCUUGCGGCGCUUCAAUGAGGACCAUGCUGGUCCCAUUGGCCUCUUGCUCUUGACUCACAUUCUAGUCAAUGGCUUCGACCCGUUUCAAGGUGCGCCUGCCGAGAUUGAAGAAGAAUAUCGGCAUCCUCAAUGGCCGAUACAGAGACGCGAUGGCCACGAGCGCAAGCUUACGGCACUCGAGCUAGCCAUCAUUUCGGAGAGCAAAGUAUUCAUCAGCUCCUUUGCCUGCCAGAGGGUUAUCAAUGCCGUGUACGGAGGUGAAAUUGUCUACACCGCGAUAUCCUUCAUCGAUAUUCUCCCUGAUCAUUACAAGUACCGGCCUAUAGCACUCUAUGAUCCUCGACAAGCACCCUUGCUCCCUCACACGCGACUCUCGGUUCCAAGGGUUCGUAGCGUCAUGGAGCUUACUCAGUUUAUUGUAGUGGUUAUCCUCUACGUACUGACAAUGUCAGCUCGCAGCAGCCCAAAAAUAUCAAUUUACGAAUGUGUGUUCAUAAUUUAUACUACCGGCUGGAUAGUCAAUGAGUUUGCUGCUGUCAUUGAACAUGGGUGGCAAGUAUAUACCCAAACCUUGUGGUCGUUUCUUGAUGUUACUUUUAUCCUCAUCUUCUGCGCUUACGCAGUUGGUCGAAACUAUGAUGUAUCGGCGGCGAGGGUUGCGGAUGGGUACGGACUUCAUAUUCUGUGUACCGCGGCUCCGGUUCUACUUACGCGGGCAGCUUUCGCUCUUCUGCCAGACAACCUCGUCUUCAUUUCGAUCCACGCCAUGAUGAAGGACUUUACCCUCGUGACAUUUUUGGCUCUAUGGUGCUUCACGGGGUUCUUGCUCGCUUUAAUGUGGCUCAACAGCAGUAUUGACCCUGAACUAUCACCAGGUUGGAUAACAAUCUGCAAAUGGCUGUUGUGGAUUUGGUUCGGAUUGGACGGAACAGGAUUCAGUCGCUCAGGCGAAUUUCAUCCCAUCCUGGGUCCUGCUCUCAUGACGGCUUUCGCCUUCUUAGGCAAUACGCUAUUUCUCACCAUCCUCGUCGCCCUUCUCACCAAUACUUUCUCUCACAUCAUCGCUGACGCUGCUGCCGAGGUUCAGUUCCGCCGUGCAGUGUUGACUUUCGCCGGUGUCAAGAGUGAUUCAAUAUUCGCCUACACACCGCCAUUCAAUAUCUUAGCUCUACUCACCCUGCUUCCCCUGAAGCCGUUUAUUACACCACGGCUCUUUCACACGAUCAACGUUUUCUGUAUCCGGGUUGUGAACUUCCCAGUGCUAUUGCUUAUCAAUUACAUCGAGCGGCGUGGCUUGCUCAAGCCACCGAGACGGAGCAGAAAUACAUUGCUGCAAUGGAAGUUCAGCGGCUUCUCUCCACAUGGCGAUAUUCAAUCUGUGUUCGAAGCCACCCCGCCAACAUCAAUGGAAGCAGAACUGGAGGAGAUGGAUGCAAUUAGUGACCUGGGCUACGCUGAAAGUGAGCUGAUAUCACCGCGGUCAAUGUCUGGUCGCAGAGGGCCUCGAGGACGUACUAGGGGAAGAAGAUCGGGAUUUCCGACCAGUAUCAUGUUCCCCUUGUCAAAUGCACCUACACGAGAACGAGAAAGCCAUGAUGUCGAUUAG